UUAGCCCGGCCAAAGCCUUGGAUUGCCAGCCAUCACAUGGUCCCUUUAAGUGGCUUGUUGUCUACAAACAGCUUGGAAAGGCAAUUAGGAGUCAGGGAAGGGAAGGGGGCUCUGAGGAGCCCUUUCAAGGCAAAGAAGAAGCCUCACUCUGCCUGGGAAGAGGAGGAGGAUGGAGCUGGUCCUGGAGGCCAAGGAGAGAGGAAUUAAUCAAGAGCAAGAAAGCUGUGGAAUCUAGAGGAAAAAGAAGAUAUCCAGCCUUUCAACUGAUUAUAGCUAACUAGCCCUGUGAACUUCCCUCGACUGAAAAGACUUCAAAUAGAGGACCCAGAGUCUAAUACGCCUACUCCGUAACUCAUAAAAUUGCUCUGCUUGUGCCAUAUUGCUAACAGGAAGGGGAUAGUUAAAAUACAGAAAUCUUGAGGUUUUAGAUUUCUGGGACCUUAAGUAUUACAGGACUCUUACUGAGUCAUAUUUGAAUUAAAACCAGAUAUCAGGUGUCUAGAUACAAAUACAGGAUUGGAUUCCCAUUUAAUACUGAUAGUAGGAAUGAAAAUUAAGUUUAGUUAUCAAAUAUUUAAUCUUGCACAAUAGAUAUUUUGAGAUUCAGUUGGUUGUCAGAAAAGGGAUAUUUGUAGCUCUCUAGAACUGGAGGGGGGGAAGCACUGUUAUACACUGGAUUGCUGUCUAGAUACUGUUGUAGUCUCUAGAUUGUGAAUGUAAUCCUAAUCCGGUCAUAGGGAAUCGGUUUUUUUUUUCUGGUAGUGAUUCUGAGUACUUGAAUAUUUAUAAUCUACUCUUAGAAACAACCAGGAGUUGUCCAUAAUAAAUUUUGUUCUAGUGGAAAUCAGAAGUCUAGAAAUUGAUUUCUGGGUUUAAUUUGGACUAGGCUAGGGUCUGGAAGGACCAGAUUAUAACAAAUCAAAUUGAAAUUGAUUUAGCGAGAUCCAUAUAUUUAUCCAAAAAAUGAAUGCUAGGCACUAGGAUCUGGAGAGAGGAUCAGAACCCUAUAAUAGGGAAGCGAGAGAUCCUGAGAAUUUCUGAGGAUCCAGAAAAUAAAAUCCAGAAAUGUCUCAUUCUUAGACUGACUCAGUAGUUGAAUACAGUGACCCUUGAAUACAGUCAAGGCACUCCUUAAGGACUGAAGAAGUUGUAGACCUUUUAGUAAUUUAUAACUCCCCAGAACUAGAUCAGGACAUCAGAAAUCAGAGAGAAACUACAAGAUUCCCUUUUUUCCUCCUUGCUUCUGUAUUCAUGGAUAGCCCUAACAAUUUCUGCCGCCUCUGUGGCGCAGUGCUACGUGGGAACCAUCGGCGAUGGAUAUUCAGCCGCAGCAGUGGUAGCUCACGCCCUGAUCUGUUAGUGGUACUGUCUUAUGUCCUUGAUCGAGAGCCACCUCAGCGUGGGGAUGGACGUGGAGAAUUUCUUUGCGGAAAAUGUGCCCAGGCCUUGGGCCGUGUGUACCGCUUCGACACUGUCAUCGCCCGGGUUCAAGCACUCUCCAUUGACCGACUCCAGCGCCUCCUUUCAGAGAAGGACCAACUGGCCCGCUCCCUGCGCCACAUCCAUGCACGGCAGUUCCCAGAUGAGAAGGAUUCGGUGUUCUACACAGGCCAAGAGAUAUCAGCGAGCAUAGCAGAUUUGCCGCAUGUUCGGUACCAGCGUCUCUUGCAAGAUGACAUGGCCCUCUCUGAAUAUGAGUGCUGGGCAAAUGACACAGACAGCAGUCAACCAGGCACGCCUUGCCGGAAUCGACAGUGUCACAGCUGCCAUGGUCUGCGGGUCGAAGACUCUGAUUAUGAGUGGGUGUGCCGGACCCCAAGAAAGCUGGGGGUAUUGUCUCCCAUAUUUCCCCUGUGCCGGGAUAAAUCCCAGAGCAUGCCCACAGUCCACCACAUGAGCUCCCAGGCCUCUCUGAGGUCACAGAGUUUGGGGGAGGCUGAGUCAUGUUCGAUGCUGUCAUUAGAUACCUUGCCAGAGCCAGAUCUGACCUGGGAGGCUCUGAGGGCCCUGAGAGGCAUUGGAAGGAAGCAGCUGAGAAUACCUGCAGGCAGCAAGAUCCCAGUGCUAGCAGGGAAUAGGCAUGCAUCUCCAGCCCAGAGGGAGAGUCCAUUGGGAGAGGAGGCAUAUGAAGAAAUGGUGGAUGAGUUUCUGCCCCUGGAAGCAAAGCUCCACGCUCAGAGGACUCUAUACCAGGACCUCCAAGGGGCUUUUGACAACUUGAAGGAACGUCUCAAGGCAGCUGAAGAGGAGCUUGGGAGCUUUCAGGAGAAGGGAAAAGAGGCUGCAUGUCAGGAGAAGACAGCAGGUAGCCAAGAGCGUCUCAUCCAUCAGCUGACAAGAUGCCUACAGAGCAAGGAGAAGGUAUUACAGGACUAUCUGGUGAUUUUGCAGUCUCUUGGUUCUCCAGGGACCAAGCCUUCUGUGUUGGAAGUCUUAGUCAAGCAAAUGGCCCAGCGCCUGAAAGACAGAGACCAGGCUUUAGAGAAGAUAUUAUCCAGUCACUUCUCAGCGCUGGAAUCUGUGCACCGUGAAGUGAAGCACCUUCAAGAGGCACUGAAGGAUAAAGAUGCCGACCUGGCAAGACUUCACACUGCCUUGCACACAGGCGAGGAGACCCUGCAUGCAUUGCGUGAGGUGCUGCACCAGAAGGAUCAGGAGAUCCAGCGCCUGGAAUCCCUGUGUGCCUCCACCCGAGAAUCCUGCAAUCAACGUGACCAAACCUUCCUCCUGACUUUGAAGGAGAAGGAAACCUUAAUCAAAGCCCUACAAGAGGCACUGACCAGUAGCAACAAGGAUGUGGAGGUUCUGGCAAAUUCCCUCAACAGCCCAGACUUUGCCUCAGGGCUGCUCCAGCGAAUCCACGAGAAGGAAGACCUGCUGGCCCAAUCCUUAGCUGACCAGGAACAAAUGCAAGCCCAGUGGCAAAGACGCCUACAAGCAACAGAAGAGGCAGCAGCUACUCAGGAACAAGAACUACAGACCCGGCUGUGUCAGUAUGGCAAGGAUGCCCAACAACGGGCACAGGAAACUGAAAAGCUACGCAGGCGCCUGGCACAGACAGAGGCAGAACUGGCCCAGGGGGCUGCAGCAUUGGUGGAGCAUCACACCAAGAUGGCUUUACUCCAGCAGAUGGGAGAAAUGAAGGAUCGUGCACUUAAGACAGUUCUGCGAGAGGGAGAGGAAAAAGACCGGAUCCUACAGAAGUGGCAAGAACGCUGGUUGAAGGAGAUGAAGCAGGUCCCAAUAAGGACAAGGCCAGGCUCUUCUGCCUUCCACCUGAACCCAUCUCUACCUGACUUUAAGACCUUAAGCAAUUGAGAGAUACUCAAGAAAACAGAAUGGAAUCAGCAGAAACAGUGGACAAGGAUAGGUAGAAUGGAAGAAACUACCACUUAUUUCAGAAGGGGAGUGGUAUGGAGUGAGUAUCUCUUCCCUGUUCAUUUCCUAUGGAAGUGAAUGUUGAGGAUGCUGGAAAGCAACUCUCUUGGGGGACAAACUGUGUCUUGGGAGCACACUGCCUAUGUGAAAU